UGUUUUCACCACGCAAUAUAAUUAUCCUGCUUCUCCUAACGCCAACAGUGUUUAUCUGGAGAGAGAGAGAGCGACAAUUUUCAGACAGAGCAAGAGGGAGGAAUUCCAGAGAGAGAGAGAGAAAAUGGCGUUAUCGGCGGAGGGUGGGAGGGUAGAUCUGGACGGAAAGGCCAUAAAGGCGAUAACGAUAUGCAUGAUCGGUGCGGGUGGGUUCAUAGGGUCGCACCUGUGCGAGAAGCUGAUGGCUGAGACGCCACACAAGGUGUUGGCAGUGGACGUUUACAAUGACAAGAUCAAGCACCUCCUCGAACCCCAGUCAUUACCCUGGUCCCAUCGCAUCCAAUUCCACCGCAUCAACAUCAAGAACGACUCUAGGCUCGAAGGCCUCAUCAAGAUGGCAGAUCUGACUAUAAAUCUGGCUGCUAUCUGUACUCCGGCUGAUUACAACACACGUCCUCUUGAUACAAUCUACAGCAAUUUCAUUGAUGCCUUACCUGUGGUGAAGUACUGUUCGGAAAACAACAAGCGUCUCAUUCAUUUCUCUACUUGUGAAGUCUAUGGGAAAACAGUUGGAAGCUUUCUUCCUAAAGAUCACCCUCUGCGUCAGGAUCCUGCUUACUAUGUUCUUAAGGAAGAUGCCUCCCCCUGCAUUUUCGGCUCUAUUGAAAAGCAGAGAUGGUCCUAUGCCUGUGCAAAGCAAUUGAUUGAAAGACUUGUCUAUGCUGAGGGUGCGGAGAAUGGUCUUGAAUUCACUAUUGUGAGGCCUUUUAACUGGAUUGGUCCUAGGAUGGAUUUCAUCCCCGGAAUUGAUGGUCCCAGUGAGGGUGUUCCAAGGGUUCUGGCAUGCUUUAGUAAUAAUCUACUACGACGUGAACCACUCAAGCUUGUGGACGGUGGCGAGUCACAGAGAACAUUCAUUUAUAUCAAGGAUGCUAUUGAAGCUGUGCUGUUGAUGAUUGAAAACCCAUCCCGGGCAAAUGGUCAGAUAUUUAAUGUGGGUAACCCUGACAAUGAAGUUACAGUAAGGCAGCUUGCUGAAAUGAUGACACAGGUUUACUCAAAGGUUAGUGGAGAAACUCCUCUAGAAGUACCCACCAUUGAUAUAAGCUCAAAAGAAUUCUACGGUGAAGGAUAUGAUGACAGUGACAAGAGAAUUCCAGACAUGACCAUAAUCAAUAGACAACUUGGUUGGAACCCUAAAACAUCACUAUGGGAUUUGCUCGAGUCCACUCUUACCUAUCAACACAGGACAUACGCUGAGGCUAUAAAGCAGGUCAUUGCAAAACCAGUUGCAUCCAGCUAAGAAAAUAUAAUGUGUUGGGUUUGCACUAAGAAAGAGAUCUCUCACGAGGUAUGCUGCUGGUUGGCAAGUUUUUCAAUUCUUUACAAGGACUACUCGAAAAUAUCUAAACCAUUCGUUGUCAUAUGCUACAUUUUUUGAUGUCCGGCUUUGGCAGUCGUUAGCUUACAGUUGCUCAGGAAUUUGCAUCCCAGGUAUUUGUGUUAGUAAAAAUUGUACCACUUUUAGAGGAGCAUACCAUAUUGGUGUUAUGGGCUCUGGAGCUUUGGCUAUGACACGAAGACAAAGAAAGCUGAGUUAUGCUCUUUCUAUGUUUUGUUAUCAUACCUGUAUUUCCUCCUCCUCCAAGGAAGUGUUGUACUAUUUCUUUUUCACCGGUCAGGAUCUUGUUGUAUGAAUUUGUAAUUUAUUUAUUAAUUUGUUGUGUUUACAAUGGUA